GUGCCAGAGGGAACGCACAGGAGAGGUUCUCACACCUUUUCCCCACCGUGGGAAACAAAGUAUGAUAUAUAUAUAUAUAAGCGUGUGUCGUGGCCACCCUCAGUGCUAUCAGGUCGUCUCUCUUGGAAAGUGCAAUGAAGUUGUUGGUGGUGGUGCUGGUGUCGGUUUUGGCCAGAGGUCUUUGCCUGGCCAGAGGUCCUGGACCCCAUGAACCCCUAUACACACUCCCCAAGGUCGUCAACUCGGAACACUGGGGAGAAAACCUAACUACGCCUGAGUUGAUUGAGGCCUUCGGCUACCCAGUAGAGAUUCAUCAUGUGACGACGGAGGACGGGUACAUCUUGGAGUUGCACCGCAUUCCCUAUGGUCUCUCAGGGCCCUCGUCAGACCGCCCACCCGUCUACCUCCAGCACGGUCUUGUCAGCUCAUCCGCUGACUGGAUCAUGAACUCUGCUGAUGAGGCUCUAGGGUACAUCUUAGCCGACGCAGGGUACGACGUGUGGCUCGGAAACGUCCGCGGCAACACAUACUCGCGCUUCCACGUGGAGCUGUCCCCUGAUGAUGAUCUCGAGUUCUGGAGCUUCAGCUGGAACGAGAUGGGGAUCUAUGACAUACCCGCCAGUAUCGACUAUGUGCUGGAGGCCACCGGCACCACCAGCCUCAACUACGUCGGCUUCAGUAUGGGAACCACCGUCUUCAUGGUUAUGCUGAGCGAGAGACCAGAGUACAAUGACAAGGUGAAGGUGGCGGCGCUGAUGGCUCCAAUAGCCUAUCUUGGAGACGCCAAGGGCGCCCUCGCGGAGCUCGCUCCAAUCUCCCACGAUUUAGAUCUCAUCUUUUCUCUACUGGGUGUUGGAGAGUUUUUGCCACACUCAGAUUUAAUGGAAUAUUUUGGCAAUACAUACUGCGACACUGAAUCGGACACUGCCGACGUCUGCUACAACUUCUUGUUCCUUAUAUGCGGCCCUGAUCCAGCAGAACUUAAUAAGGAGUGGUUGCCGUCCCUCAUAUCCCACACACCAGCCGGCACCUCCGUCCACACCGUCAACCACUACGCUCAGCUCAUCCUUUCCGGCAACUUUUCCAAAUACGACUACGGCUUGAUUGGUAACCUGAACCACUACGGUCAGCAGGAACCGCCCUUGUACGACCUCACCCACAUCACCGCUCCUGUAGGCCUCUUCUGGUCAGACAAUGACUGGCUGGCUGUCCCUACGGGUGUGGCGAGGGUGGCGGACGAGUUGCCAAAUGUGGUUUUCAACUAUGAAGUGGCGUUGCCGGAAUGGAGUCACCUUGACUUUGCCUG